AUGGGAGCCAUCCGUCACCUUGAACCGACAGCAGCCUUUGGCGCAUGUAGUCAGUCGGCAUUCAUGACCAGCCCAACCGAAAAAGAUCCGUAUAGGUAUCAGGUCGGCUUUGGAAACUUCUUCAACUCAGAGGCCGUCCCUGGCGUGAUUCCGGUAGCACAGAAUACACCACAGAUUUGCAAAUAUGGACUCUACUCUGAGCAACUGACAAGCACUGGCUUCAUUGCUUCAAGAAAUGACAUGCAGCAUGUCUGGUUCUACAGGAUCAUGCCUUCACUUGCACAUGGGGUAGCCCAAAAACUGCCCGAAAACGAAGAUCUUGAAGCGCGAUUCUCCGCGAACAAUGAGAAUGUCGAAUUUCCACCGCAGGUCCUGUGCUGGCUUCCAUUCCUCAUUCCUUCAGACAGCGAAGAAAUCGACUUUUGUCAAGGGCUCAAGACCGUCAUUGGCAACGGAGAUGCCAUUAUGAAAGAGGGUCUGGCAAUCCACAUCUACACGGCCAACGUUUCCAUGAGGAAUAGGGCGUUUUGCAGCAACGACGGAGAUAUGCUCAUCAUUCCGCAACAAGGCCGUCUGGAUAUACAGACCGAACUUGGAAUGCUCAUGGUACGGCCCGGCGAGAUGGUCGUCAUUCAAGCCGGCAUCAAAUUCAAAGUGUCACUACCAGACGGCCCAUCAAGAGGCUAUGUGCAGGAGGUGUUCGGGAGCCACUACGAGUUGCCAGACAUGGGACCGAUCGGUGCUAACGGCAUGGCACUCCCGAGGAACUUUGAAUAUCCUGUGGCGUCCUUUGAUGAAGAUCUCUCCGAAUGGGAGGUUGUGGUGAAGCUGGGUGGAAAGUUUUGGUCACACAAACAGCAGCACACGCCGUUUGAUGUAGUCGCUUGGCAUGGAAAUUGCAUUCCUUUCAAGUAUGCACUGGAAAGGUUCAUCAACACGGCCGUCGUCGAUCGCGACCAAAGCGACCCGUCGGUGUACACCGUCUUGACCGCAAAGUCAAAAAUACCCGGGGUUGCCAUUACCGAGGUGAUGGCUUUUACGCCAAAAUGGAAUGUUACGACUAACAGCUUCAGGCCGCCCUAUUAUCAUCGCAACAUGGCUGCCGAGGUCAUGGGGAUUAUUCAAGGACCCUACGCUGGGAGCAGCCGAGAUCUCCGCGCCGGGGGGCUUAGCUUCCAGCCCAGUUACAUGGCACAUGGAGAAACUUACGAGACUUACGAAUUGGCAACCAAGGCUGACUUGAAGCCAGAGAGAGUGGGCGAGGGCUUCUUAGCAUUCAUGUUUCACAUUCCCACGCAUCUCGGCGUGACAAAGUAUGGGCUCGAGCGCAGUGGCGUGCUGAAUCCACCGUCGCCAGCCUUGUACGAUACAAUGAGGCCACAUUUCCUGGAGCGGACAGAGGAGAUCAAUGAGGACCUGAAGAAGAUGGGCCUACCGCCGCUGGGGACAGCUAGAUCGUGA